AUGGAUCCUGGUUAUAAGCUUCUUCAACAUAUCAAAACUGUUCCUAAUUUAAUUAACGAAGACCCAAGUAUAACAACACCAAAGAAUUCCACAUUUAUGGAUAUGCCUUGGUCUGAAUUCUCUAAAUUGUUAAAGACAAGUACAACACGUAGUAAUUCAUAUUCUUCAGAAAGUAGUAGUAGUAGUAGCAGCAGUAGUAGUACUGGCUCGUCUUCACCUGCAAAUGAAGAUAUUUCACUUGAAACGAUAGAUGACCCGCUUUUAUUAUAUGAACAACAAAUCAUUAUUAAUUCAAAAGAAGAAGACUUUUUACAUGCAUUUCAAUUAUUAGAAAAAGCUAUUCUUAAAUAUAAAAAUGAUAUUCGAUACAAGAAUUCGCCUCGUUAUCUCAAAUUAUGGUUAACCUAUAUCUUUUAUCUUAAGCCUACUUUUAUUUUCCCCGUUUUAUUUGGCUUAAUAGAGAAUCAAAUAGGCGAUAAAUUAGCUACUUUAUACGAGGCUAUUGCAUAUCAACUAUUAAAAGAAAAAAACUAUCAUCAAGUAGAAGCAACUUUAAUAUUAGGCUUGAAAAGGAAGGCUCAACCUAUAAAAAGACUUGACCAUGCUUUACAUCAAUUCAAGUCAACACAUUCAAUUGAUUUUAAUAUCAAUCAAUACAAACUAGAUAGUUUCAUGUUGCUGGAAAAUGAUAUUCAUUACAAUAAUAGUCAACAUGCUGUUUCAUUCAAAGACCAAUUAAAUUGGAUUGAUGUCAAGUUAAGACAUAAUGCUCGUUUAGACGUUUUAAGAGAAUGUUAUCGAAGAGAGAAACAUGAGGUGUCAUUUGAAGAAUUAAGAGCGAGAUCAGUUCCUUAUAAGCAGAUUAAUAACAUGGUCAACUAUCAACAACUUCCAGUCAUCAAGAGAGUUGAAGAGCAACAUCAUGUUCCUUCAGUUCAACAAAAAUCAACUGUUGUACAGUUACCAUUGGAUCCUCAAUUUAUUCAUCAUCUACUUCAAAUUCACCAUUGUUUUGAACGUCAUGAAUAUCAUGAUUUACUUCAUCUUUCCUCUAAAAAAGAAGAAAAGAAAUUAGAAAGUUGGUUUCUUUCAUCAAAACAACAGCAACAACAAAAGAACACAAAGCUAAUUCAAUUGGAUGAAAAUACCUAUCAUGUAAUUAAACUUUUAGGUCAAGGUGGAAUGGCUCAUAUCUAUCUUGUUCAGGAUAUUGUCACUUGCACUUAUUAUGGCUUAAAGGUACAAAGACCUCCUCAUCCUUGGGAAUAUUACAUCCAUUGUCAAUUACAUGAACGUCAUCAAGAGGAGACUCUCAAUCUAAUCCCCAUUCAUCAUUUCUAUCAUUAUAAGGAUGCUAGUUUCUUAUUAAUGGAUCAUAUUCGUCAUGGUAGUCUUUUAGAUGCUUUAAACAUGUAUAGACCCGCACAAACAUAUAUGCCUGAACCUAUCGUUCUUUUAUUCACUUUACAACUAUUAGAGCAAAUAAAAGCAUUACAUGAUCUUUCUAUUGUUCAUAAUGAUCUCAAAUUAGAUAACGUGAUGCUAUCGAUGAAAAGAAACCAUAUAAAGGGCUUAAUUAUGCCAAAGGUAAUACUCAUCGAUUAUGGCUAUUCAAUUGAUGUAGCAUCACUCAAUUCUACUACUACAACCCCAUUAUGUAAGGCGAAUUGGCCUCCUGCUUGUCCUGAAUCGGAUUUUCCAUAUCUGAAUCAACCUUAUUAUCCAAUACAUGCAGAUUAUUGGCAAUUAGCUACUAUCGUUCAUUUACUCUUAUUUGGCUCUCCAAUGCAUGCUAUCAAAGAUAAGAAGAAUAAUCAGUUUGUUAUUCAACACAUGAUUAAACGCUAUUGGCAUAAACAGCUUUGGUUAGACUUCUUUCUUCUAAUGCUAAACCCUCCCAUAAAUGAUACACAUAAAGCAAUUCAAGACAUGAUAGACAUGUUCAAGUCUUCUAGUCAUGACAUUACAAAAGAUCAUAAGCGUACAUUUAUUACAAUGUUGCAUGAUAAAUAUAAAUUUUAA